AUGGGCUUGUUGAUUCGAUCGUUGUUGCAACAUACACAGCAAAUGGGCGGUCGCUCAUUGGUGCGUCGUGCCUAUUCAAGUGCUUCUUCUGACAUUACGGUGAAUGCCAUGGUGUAUGGAUCGUAUGGCAAGCCUUCCGAGGUCUUGAGAAUGCAUUCUUACAAGCUUCCAGCUUUGACGUCUGAUACGGUGCAUGUGCGUUUUUUGGCUUCUCCUAUCAACCCUGCUGACAUCAACCAAGUGCAAGGCGUGUAUCCCCUCAAGCCUCCCUUUGAACAGCUUGGUGAAGGUGAAAAGGUUGCCGUGGGUGGUAACGAAGGUGUCGCCGAAGUCAUUGCUGUGGGUGAUAAUGUCAAGAACCUCAAAGUGGGAGACCAAGUAGUGAUGGCUCGUAGUGGUUAUGGAACAUGGCGUACCCAUGCUGCUGGUCCCGAAGCUGAUUUCCAACCUUUGCCUGCUUCCACCAACACAUCAUUGAUCCAAAAGGCUACCAUCACUGUGAAUCCAUGCACCGCUUAUCGUAUGCUUAAAGAUUUUGUGCAACUCAAACCUGGCGAUUAUGUGAUUCAAAAUGGAGGCAAUAGUGCCGUGGGUCAAGCUGUUAUUCAGAUUGCCAAGGCUUGGGGUAUCAAUACUGUCAACGUGGUGCGCAAUCGACCCGAAAUUGAGCAGUUGCGAGAAGAACUCAAGGAGUUGGGCGCUACCCAUGUGGUCACUGACGAGGAGCUUGGUACUCACGAGAUGCGUUCAAAGAUGAAGGAGUGGUUUGGUGGUAAACCCCCAUUGCUUGGUCUUAACUGCGUUGGUGGCAAGAGCGCCACGGAGAUGGCACGUUAUCUGGGCCACAAUGGUCAAUAUGUCACUUAUGGUGCCAUGGCCCGUGCUCCAUUGGCUAUCCCAGCUUCGAUGUUGAUUUUCAAGAACUUUUCUUUCCAUGGCUUUUGGAUGACUCGUUGGACUGACAACCACACCAAUGAAGAACGCUAUGAGAUGCUCAAGGAUCUUGUCGAAUUGAUGGAUAAGGGUCAAUUGCGUGAACCUCGCUGGACUGAGGUGGAAUGGUCUGAAGGAAGCAUGAAACAAGCUGCUGACGGAGGUAUUCAAGGAUUCACCCAGGGCAAGCAAGUUUGCUUUCCUACCAAGGCAUAG